UGAAGACCUUUCAACUUCACAAAAACUGAGAUUGACAAACGGUCUCUUGUGUGGAAACUUUGUCACGACGCGCGUAUCGCCGCGAUUCGACGGGCGGGGAUCGGGUAUCGUGACGAAAUGACGGUAAAGGACUGAGCGAACGGAACGGGCAACGAUGGCUCGCCCGAGGCGGCAUUUUUCGCGUGUGAUUUGCGUGUAAAAUGCAGUUUGUGUUGUAGUUGGCUCGCGCACCCGUUCGGCGUCCCUCAACUUGCCUCGCAGUCCCGCCGCUCGACAUGGAUGAAUAUGACGAGGAUCCGGGGCGCAGGGCGAGCAAACUGAUGGAGAAUCUUUCCAUAUUUGACGUUUACCCAGACGCGGAUUUCAAGUCCGGCGCGUUAACGUUACCUGAGCAGAAAAGUAAGCGAAUGAAUGGCAGCUCCCCUCACGCGCCCGGGAACAAAGUCUACAGCGCGGCUCCGGUGCGCGCCGUCAACGGGAACCGACCCUCAGUGCCUUUGGAUUUCUGUUCUCCGCAAAGGGAAGCGCUUUAUCCCGCUCCCGAUGCGUACUGCACCAAAUCUGAAGUUGCCUUGCCGUGUUACAGCGGCGCGUCGGACCGGCUCAGGAGAUACACGCACGCGGAUGCGCAGGGACACAGAUACAGCACCGGCUGCGCGUACGACGGGCUCGUGCUGGGCAAGCAGGUGACCGUUUCGGGCGUGAGGAGCAACAGCAUGUGCAUGGGCAACCCCGACGGCAGGUACACGACCACGAGCCCCCGGUCCAGUUUGGCCUCGUCGCACUCGUCUCAAGAUCAGAGCAAGCACACGAGCCCUCGGUCCAGCAUCAGCAGCCCUCGGUCCAGCCUCGUGUCACCCGGCCAAGAGAAGUACUGCGAGGGCAACAGUGUCAUCAGCCCUCGGUCCAGCUACGCGAGCACGGCCAGUGACACCAGUAAACAUUCCAGUCCCAGAACCAGCCUCAACAGCUACGAUUACGGGAGCAAACCGAGCAGCAACCGAACCAGCGGCAUCAGCAUGGGCUACGACCAACGACACAUCAGCCCCAGGUCCAGCACGGCCAGCCAGUAUUCCAGCACCACCAGCCCUCGGUCCAGCUACUCGGAUUCGCGCUUCACGCCCGCGGGUAACCACGACCCGGAGGUCGCCGCGAUGCACUGCGUGCCGGUGACCAGCCCCCGGUCCAGCAUCUGCAGUCAAGACGGGGGCGCGCGCCCCGCCGGUGCGGCCAGCUGCGUGGUGAGCCCCCGGUCGAGCAUAUCCAGCCACAGCUCCAGGAGUUCGCGGAGCUCUCGGGGAUCCAUGAAUGCGUAUCCCGAGCUCCAGCUGCCCUCGCCGCAGCUGCCCUCGCCGCGGUCAUCCAUGCUGGCGCCCGGCUUACCGGAGGACGCGCUGCUGCAGGACUUCGCGGAGCCAAACGGCCCUCAUAACUGCCGCGUCCACCUUCAAACUUUCCCCGUGCUGGAAGAGCCGCCGCAGAACUCGGACGUGAGCGUGCAGUUCGGUUACGGGAAAGCGCCGGCGCAGCGCUUCAAGUUGCCUUACCAGGUCACUCCGUCCCGGGACAGCGGCCCCAGUCAGGCGGAGCGGCACCUGGAGGCCCUCACCCUGGAGCUGGAGAAAGAGCUCGAGAUGCACAUGAAGAAGGAGUAUUUCGGUAUCUGUAUAAAGUGUGCUAAAGGUGUUUAUGGAGCGAGUCAAGCGUGUCAGGCGAUGGGGAAUCUGUAUCAUACAAACUGCUUCACCUGCUGCUCAUGCGGACGGAGGCUGCGAGGGAAGGCUUUCUAUAAUGUGAACGGAAAGGUUUACUGUGAAGAAGACUUCCUAUAUUCGGGGUUCCAUCAGACGGCAGAAAAAUGUUUCGUGUGUGGUCACCUCAUCAUGGAGAUGAUCCUGCAGGCUCUGGGUAAGUCCUAUCACCCGGGUUGUUUCCGCUGCGUGGUGUGUAAGGAGGGUCUGGAUGGUGUCCCGUUCACUGUGGAUGUGGAGAAUAACAUCUACUGUGUGAAAGACUAUCACACGGUUUUUGCUCCAAAAUGUGCCUCCUGUAUCCAGCCCAUUCUCCCAGCACAGGGUUCAGAGGAAACCAUACGGGUGGUGUCCAUGGAUAAGGAUUAUCACGUUGAAUGCUAUCACUGUGAGGAUUGUGGUCUGCAGUUGAAUGAUGAAGAGGGGCAUCGCUGUUACCCGCUGGAGGGGCAUCUGCUGUGUCACCGAUGCCACCUGCACCGGUUAAAGAGCCCUCUAUCUAACCAUCCACCCCCGAGUUACCCUCUCCACGUCACUGAACUGUGAACACACGCAAGAAGAGUUUAUGACAUCACCCGUUUCACCCCUGAGAGAGAGAGAGAGGAGAUCAUGUUUGUCCACCCCUAAACAUUGAACGGAGAAAUCCGCUGUGCCUCUUGAACUCUUUCAUCUUGUUUGGUUCGUUUGUCUGUUAUAUUGAAUUUUCAUGCCCAUUCCUCUUUUCUCUUGACCGUGACUCAAGGGGUUUGACUCAGAUCAGAGAUCACGGCUUAUGUCACGCAAGGGAACCUGAACACACCGAACUCAAAACAACAGCACUGAACACAUGAACCUGACAUCUUGUGCCUUCAUCAAGAACCCUGCGUUUAAUCACUGCCUGUCAGAUGCAUUCAGGUGUGUGUGUGUGAGAGGAAUAAUUCACCCAGAAUCAUGAUUUACGCACCCGUACAUUGAUGUUCCAACGACAGGAGGGUGAGGACAUUUCUUUAAGCACAGAUAUCAAACAUACGAACUGGCAGCAGAUGAACUACAUUAUCAAAUACUUUACAUUCGGUAUGUCGAGGAAUCUUUCUGGCCAGAGUCAGAGAGGUUUCUACAAUCUGACACCAGCACAGUGAAGACGGAGAUCCAAUCUGCUGUCUCUGAAGAGCGCUGAAGCGUCACGUGCCUUCCUGCCUUAAUUACUCCAGCAGACACAUGCUUCUGUGGCUCAGGAGACUCUUAAUGGAGCGUCGAGGUGGCUGAUGUGUACAGGGGUCAGAGUUCAAGCCCGGAUGUGCAAUGACCUUCUGUUUGUCCUACAGUCAGUUUGUCGUUGUGUCAGACAUGGUGUUUUAACCUGGUGUGAUGUGUGUUAUUGGUGAAAUCUCAAUGGCUCACCCGGGUCAUCCGACAUUAAAUCGUGUUUUGCAGACCUGGAAAAGUAUGAGAAAUGUGACCGGCCGCAUCACACCUGGUUAUGACACGGUGUGUAUGUGAGAGAGAGUCUGUGUGUGUUGAUGUACACCAGUGGCAGGACCAUUGUGUGUGUGUGUGUGUGUGAGGACUCUCUCACGGAUCAGCUGUGGUGUGUGUGUGUGUGUGUGUGUGUCAUAUGUACAGUGGCUGAAAAAGUUUUGGACUGUCCUGACGACAAAGUCUAAAUGUUAUUGUAUUAAAUAACAAUUGUCUAAUUUAAAAGAAAUGUGUUUUCAAAGAAAUGCAAAAAGAUCACGAUAUCCAAAUGAAAACAAAAGGUAUUAUUUCAAAGGCUCAGAGAAGUGAAGUGAGCUGGUGACGAAUGAAAAUCUUUCAUGUUGUUUUGAGUUUUUGUCCACGGCGGUGACAGCGACGGUCACGUGCGGUGUUGACACACUGUAACAUUCAGACAUUUUUGGGAGUGCGAGUCGAUGUUCAGAUACUUUUUCAGCCUACUGUACACCGUUGUGUUACUCACAAACACAGUAAAACUACUGAAGCGCAGACACAAACAGGCUGUUUUUUGGUUUGAAUUGACUGAAUGCCUGCAAAGCAGAUUGAAAGCUUCACUCGUUUUAAAGAUGUUUCUGCUGACUGAUCACUGUACCGCAAGCACAACAUGUUUUCAGAGAAGAAGAGCAGAUGAUUUACUUCAAGGAAUAUAUUCCAGGUUAAACUGUAUGAAGAGCAUCAGAUCAUUCCCUGAAGUGUGUGUCACGUUUAAAGUGCAUAAUAUGUCGUCUUAAUUCACUUUUAAAGCAUACUACUAUUGCAUAGCACAUGCUAGAGAUCCUGUAAAUAAACCGUUUAGAAUGUAUCAGCGAUUCCUAUGGACGCUAGCUUCUCUUCUGGUAGUUCUUAAGAAAAAUGCACAUCUUAUCUUACGCUCAGAUGCAUCACACUUUUUUAUUAUUAUACAAUGUUUUGAUUUCCUAGAUAUUUCAUGAAUAAAGAAAAGGCAAAGUAGAUUUAUUUAUCUAAAAAUUAUUUAAUGUAUGAACAGUCGGGACGUAUCAUUUAACCGUAGAUUUAUGUAAUCUGCUUUUUCAAUAAAGUGGUUUUUGUAGUUAACAGUUUGUCUCG